UUCGUAACAGAUCUGCAGAAAUAGCUCUGGUGGCCGGAGGCAAGAGGAAGCGUUGGAUUAUUGCUACAGAGAACAUGCAAGUUGGAGACCUCAUUAAAACCUCUGGGACUAUCGGCCGCAUGGCAGUUUCGGCUAAAGAAGGAGACUCGUUCCCCCUGGGAGCUCUUCCUGUUGGAACUCUGGUCAACAACCUGGAACUGUAUCCUGGGAAAGGAGCCACCUACAUCCGUGCUGCAGGUACGAGUGGAGUGUUACUUCGUAAAGUCAGCGGAACAGCGAUUGUACAGCUGCCAUCUAAACAGCAGAUUCAGGUGAUUGAGACAUGCAUGGCCACAGUGGGAAGGGUGUCCAACAUCGAUCACAACAAACGGAUCAUUGGUAAAGCUGGCAGGAACCGUUGGCUCGGCAUCCGGCCCUCCAGCGGCUUGUGGAAGAGGAAAGGUGGCUGGGCCGGACGCAAGAUCAAACCACUUCCCCCCAUGAAGAGUUAUAUUAACCUGCCUUUAGUGUCUGCCAACUAAAUGUGCUAAACUCUGUAUGCAACAGGACAUUGCAGGAGACGCCACCUCUUCUUUUUAGAUCGAUCAGAGGCAGUGAUGUUAAUGGACAGCUGUCAGUGAUUUCAAUUAUGUAGUCUUGUGACAAUGUUUUGGUCUGUAAUGACAUGGAUUUUGUGAAAUGAAAUGAUUCAACUGUC